AUGCCAGCGGACGGGAGUAUGCCAGAGAGGUGGUACAAGAGAAAAUCGAGAAUUGUGAUAUGCGGAAAUUUGGCAUCGCACCAACCUGGGGAAGUCUAUACAAACACAGCUCCAGCAGAGGUGGUGCGAGCAGCAAUCGCCAUAGCCCGCAUGUUCAACUGGGAUUUGGGCAUCAUAGACGUCGUGGCCGCCUUUUUACAGACGCCCCUGGAAGGGUUGAAAGGCGCACCCCUCGUGUAUGGCAUCCCUCCUAAACUUUUGGUGAAGGCUGGACUAUGCAAGCCUGGGGAAUUGUGGAAGCUAACUCAUGCAGUAUAUGGGCUGCAGGAGUCACCAAAGCUAUGGGGUAUGUACAGAGAUAUUCGACUGGCGCAAAUACAGCUGGUUUUUGAGGGCAAGAAGGUAGUGCUCAUGCAGGGAAGGGUAGAACCUUCGUGGUGGUCAAUUCUACAGGAAGGCUCUCAGUUGAUUGGGAUAUUGGUAGUGUACGUUGACGAUAUCUUACUGUGUGGAAGGCCUGAGCUGAUCAAGGAGAUUGCGGUUGCCAUCAGAGAGGUAUGGAAGACGAGCGAUCUGCAGCUGGUGUCUGAAGGGGCAAUAAGAUUCCUGGGCAUCGAGAUUUCUAUGUGCACACAGGGCUUCGCUUUGACGCAAAAGUCGUACAUAGAAGAGCUGGUCAGACUACAUCAGGUUCCACCAACGCGUCGUGACCUUAUUCCGAUCUCGAAGGACUUGGCAAACUUCAGUGUGGAGGAGCACGAGGGGGUAUACACGGAGCAGGAGCUGCGCAAGGCUCAGCAGUGCGCAGGGGAAUUGCUGUGGAUUUCUCAGGGCACCCGUCCAGAUCUGAGUUACGUAGCAUCCUUGGUGGGAUCUCUUUCUACUCGGGCGCCGAGAAGGGCCACACAGAUAGCAGAGAAGGCUAUUGCGUUUCUGCAGAGGACGAUGAGCUAUGCUCUGGUAUACUCAGGCGACAGCUCUGGCCUGGUGGGAUACUGUGAUGCCAGCUUCGCUCCAGAUGGGAGCCGCAGCCAUUCAGCAUGGUUGGUGCUCUUGAACGAUUGCGUCAUCUCAUGGAGAUCAGGAAGACAGAGCACAAUAACAUUGAGUACAGCGGAAUCCGAGCUUACGGCUAUGUCAGAAGUGGUCUUGGCCUUACAAAGCGUGGAUUCAAUGCUUCGAGAUGUUCUACCCGGAGGUCAGAAGUUACAGCUAUAUUCGGACUCAACGUCGGCGCUGGCUAUAGCAAAUGGUAGUGGAAGCUGGAGAACAAGACAUCUACGCCUUCGGAGUGCCUGGGUUUCAGAACUGAUAGCAAGCCAAGCAAUAACAGUGCAUCAUUGCAUCGGAGAAGUGCAGCCCGCGGACUUACUCACCAAAGCGCUGGCUUCUCAAAGAAUGAAGUCGCUAUCCAAGUUGAUCAAUCUUUACAGCCCUGAAGACAAUGAGGAUGGUGGCGAUAUCAGCGGCAGCAGCAGCAUCAACAUCAACAGCAUCAACGCCGGCAGCAGCGUAGCCUGUGAAGAGGAGGCAGUGGUUGUGAAGACAGCACUGGCUGUUGACUAUGGGAUGCUAACAUGGGCGUUCCUUUGGGCGACAGUUGUUGUGUUCUUGAUCACUUGGGAGCUGUUGAAAUGGUUGAUGAGUGGAACCCGGAGUGAGCAAAGGGCUCACGACGCAAAUGUUCUGCCCUCCGUGCAGAAGCUGGAUCCUCCUCGGGCAAAGCCAGACGCGGUGCCCAAGCCAGAAGUCGAAGCGCAUGCAGAAGAGCGGAUCCAACUUCUUAGAAGGUUGGCUCAGGGAGCAAAGGAGACUAAAGAGUGCGGGGUGCAGUCUGGAGCGUUUACCCCGUGUGGGCUGGUUCCAGAGACAAGGGUCAUCCUACGCUAUGUCCACGAGCCACCAGGAGAAACCUUCUUUGUGCCAGGGAACGAAUGCUACCACGUCUAUGGGGAUUGCCAUGCCUUUCGACACAGAGGAACUGCAGACCGCGUCGAGAAGCGCAGAAUCUGUCAGUACUGUGUCAACCGAGCUCAAGAUGAUCCAGACAAGAGUGCAGACUAUGGAAGAGACUUAGAGCGGGCUAGGGAGUACGAGCGGGUUUUCAACUCUCAGCUGCGAGUGUCGGGACAGAGCGUGGCGUCGCCUUCAAGUGAUGCAGCCUA